UAAUACAGUACCCUCGCGAGUUUCGCGGUGUUCGAGUUUAGCGAUCCGCGAGUUUCGCGCUCAGUCCUAAAUUCUUACCAUCUCGAGUUUAGCGCAUUAUUUUCCCGAGUUUCGCGCUGUUUCGACAAGUAUCAAACGCGUUUACGUGUGGCGUCACGCAUGAUGCCUCGACUCCCUCAGUUGGCUGGCGGUGUUGACUACGUGCAUACGUGUCCUUGCCCUCUUCCACUAGCCUCUUGAUAUUUCUCCGCGAGUUUGCUGUGAUGUCUGAGGACAGAGGAGGCACUGCAGCAUGUGGCUCAAAGAAACCAAUUUCGGUAAAAGGAAGCAGGCCAGAGAGGCAAGGUAAAAAGAAGAGACUGUUAAGCAUGAAAGAAAAGGGGGAAGUGUUGAAAAAGCUUGAUACUGGAAUGGGACCUGUUGCCGUUGGGAACUUUUUCAACAUUAGUGAAUCUACUGUAAGAGGAAUAAGAGCAAAACGUAUUGAAAUACAACGUUUCCUGAAAGAUGCCCGGGGGAGCUCUGUGAUUGAAGUUGCUCACAUCACGCAUCCUACAAGCAAGUUGAUGGUGACAACAGAACACUAUCUGAAGAAAUAUAUUGAAGACAAAAAUGAUCGAAAUGUCUGCAUAUCUUCUGCUAAGGCAAGAGAGAAGGCAAGAGAAAUAUAUGCGGCAGUAGCACGUAAGUUAACCAUUGAUAAUCCUCCACCUUUCUCUGCUAGCAGUGGUUGGUUCUCAAGGUUUAAGAAAAGACACUCGCUCAAAAGGGCACGAUGUCUGGGUGAAGCAGCAGACGCACCUACACAUGAGGUGGAAAGCUUCACUGAUGUCUUGAAACAGCUGAUCGAGGGCGGCGGUUACGAUCUUCGUCAAAUAUUCAAUGCAGAUGAAACUGGUUUUCACUGGAAACAGCAGCCAAGAUCAACCAUAAUCGCCAAACAAAAGAAGCCUAGAGGGCACAAGGAAAGUAAACAGCGUUUCAGUGUUCUCUUUACGGUCAAUGCAACUGGUGACUGUAAACUGAAGCCACUUGUUCUCUACACCGCUGCUCGCCCUCGACCUUAUCGUCACAAGGACAUGAAAAAUCUAAAUGUGCACUGGGUCUCCAACAAGAAAGGGUACAUGACAACUGUUACCUUCUUAGAUUGGUUCGAUAACCACUUCAUACCCGAAGGAAAGGAAUACUGCGAGAGGAACAAUCUAGCCUUCAAGCUCAUGCUUCUGCUGGACAACGCACCCGGGCAUCCAACGUUUCUGAGAGGCCGUCAUCCUAACUGCGAGGUCGUGUUCCUUCCCCCUAACACAACCUCCAUAAUACAGCCCUUGGAUCAAGAAAUAAUCGCCAAUGUCAAGCUAGAAUUCUACAGGAGAACUUGGAAGAAGCUUGAAGAAGCACUGGACACUGAUGAUAUCCUUCUGCAAGUGGAGGAGGAGAUUGACGAGCCAGACCAGCAGACAGGCGACCCUUCAGCAGAGCUGCAAGUGGAGGAGGAGAUUGACGAGCCAGACAAGCAGACAGGCGACCCUUCAGCAGAGAGACAGCUGCAGGUGGAUGAUGUGCACGUGAGUGAUGAGCCAUACGGCCAGACAGGUGUUCAUCCACAAGCAGAGUCAGCCAUGCCACUGACCACUGCAGAGGUUGGGGCCCCACACCACUCACAGACAGUGCAGCACACACCUGAUACAACAUUCCAAGCAGUGCCGCCAGGCAGACCCAAGCAGAUUAUGACUGCACAGACUUUCUUUUGUAAUUUUAAUAUCAAGAAAGCAGUGGACUUAAUGGUAGAAUGCUGGCACUUUGUCAAUAUUGCAACGGUGAAGCAUGGAUGGAGGAAGGUUCUCCCGUGGGUGAAGACAGAAAUGAGCGGCGGUGACAGGCAGCGCGUAGCGGCCGCUAUGGACACGUUGCUUCAGGUGGCUAAAACGUUACCCAUCACGGGGUAUGAGAAUGUCAGUGUUGCUGAUAUGGAAGUUCUCAUUGAUGGAGGAGUCGCUGAACGUAGUGCAGAAGACAUGAUUGAUGAUGAGGAGGCUGAUGAUGAGGAGGAGGAAGAAAAAGAGAAGAAAGAUGAGCCAACAGUUCAGCAGUUAACAGAAAUAUUUGCAAUAACAGAAAAAUUGAAGGAGGCCAUUUACAAAUUUGAUUCAAAUUCGGACCGACGUGAGACAUGCAUCCACACAAUUCAAAAGGGAUUAAAUGAAUACAAACUGAUGUACGAAACCCGAGUCAACAACCUUCAACAAGCCUUGAUCACACGCUACUUACGUAACCGUGACAAGCGAGAAGAUAUGCCACCUGCUGUUGUUGCUGAACAUGAUGAUGGAGAGGAUAAUGAUCUGCUUGUGGACAAUGAAGUAGCCCCAGAGAAUUUGGGUGACGACUUUGAAGGCUUCGUACUAGCCGACCAGGAGUGAUCGAGUGACUGGCGACAAGAGGGCAGGGAAUGUUUAUUGUCAUUUCUUUUCUCGUUUUCAUUUUUUCAAUAAAGUGUAUCUCUCCC